AUGGGCUUAGUGAAGGAGGCCGUGACGUUCAAGGAUGUGGCUGUGGUCUUCACGGAGGAGGAGCUGGGGCUGCUGGACUCUGCCCAGAGGAGGCUGUACCGAGAUGUGACACUGGAGAACUUCAGGAACCUGCUGUCAGUGGGCUGCCAGCCCUUCAAACUAGAUACGCCGUUACAGUUAGGGAGAGAAGAGAAGCUUUGGGUGACGGAGGCAGAAACCCAAGGAGAUGGGUGCUCAGGACACAGGAAUCAAAAUGAGAUAGAGACUCUUCAAGAAGUAGGAUUAAGAUACCUUUUACAUGAAGACGUUAUGUGCUGGCAAAUAUUGGAACAAUUUACAAGUAAAUCAACCAGAAAUCAAGACUCCAUAAUAAAUCUUCAAGGCAAGAGGUUCAAGUUGCUAAAACAAGGAGAUCUCCCCUGUUGGGUAUGGGCAGGAGAAUCUAUUCAGGUCUCUGAAGAGGAGAACUAUGUAAUAAAGCUUAGAAGGGAAAGUUCCAAUAGUAUCAAAAAUCAAGAGUUUCCAAUUAGGACUACCUGGGAUUUCUGGAGGAAAGUGUAUCUGAGAGAAUCACAGAAUUAUCAGAAUGGGUGUCAGCAAAUUGAUGUGAAAAACAAACUCUAUAAAUGCGAUCAUCAUGUCAGGAGGAGGAUUGCUCACCACCAUGACAAUAAGGGAGGACACAAAAGAGAGGAAGUUUUCAGCCACAAUGAUUGUGGAAAAGACUUCAUGAAGAAAUCAUCCCAGUGUAGUAUGAUCCAAUCAGGAGAGCGAACGUCUGAUGAGAAUGGAAAAGGCUUCAGCGUUGGCUCUAAUCUUGAACUUCAUCAUCAGUUGCACUUAGGCGAGAAGCCCCUUAUAUAUAUUGAGUGUGGGAAAGGCAUAGGUUAUAGGUCGGUGCUUCCCAUGCAUCAGAGUAGUCACACGGGACAGAAAUGCUGUAGGAAUGGUGAGCGUGGUGAGGGCUUCAGUCAGAGCUCACAUCUGCAAACUCCUCAGAGAGUCCACACGGCAGAGAAACCCUACAGAUGUCAGGUAUCUACUCAAAGCUUAAAUAAGAACUCCCCUCUUCCCACUCAUGAGCUUAUUCACCCGGGAGAGAAGCUGUAUACAUGUGACGGAUGUGGGAAGGGCUUCUGUCAUAGCUUAGAUCUUAACAUUCACUGUGUAGACAACACUGAAGAGAAAGGCUGUCAAUGCGAUAUGUACAAUAAAGGCUUCAGUCAGACAUCACAACUUCAAGCCCAUCAGAGAGCCCACCCUAGAAACAAAACAUACAACUGGGAGGCACCUGACAGGACAUUUAAUCAAACUUCUGGUGUUCCUCAGAGAGUUCACACUGGAGAGAAACCAUAUAAAUGCGAGGCAUGUGGUAAGGGCUUCAGUAAGGCCUCAAAUCUUCAAGCCCAUCAGAGAAUCCACACUGGAGAGAAACCCUACAAAUGUGAUGUGUGUGAUAAGAACUUUAGCCGUAAUUCCCAUCUUCAAGCCCAUCAGAGAGUCCAUACAGGAGAAAAACCCUACAGAUGCACCACAUGUGGGAAGGACUUCAGUCAGAUCUCUCAUCUUCAGGCCCAUCAGAGAGUUCACACAGGAGAGAAGCCUUACAAGUGUGAGACGUGUGGGAAGGGCUUCAGUCAGAGCUCACAUCUUCAAGACCAUCAGCGAGUCCACACUGGAGAGAAACCCUACAGAUGUGAUGUGUGUGGGAAGGGCUUCAGUUGGAGUUCCCAUCUUCAAGCCCAUCAGAGAGUCCACACAGGAGAGAAACCAUACAAAUGUGAAGAAUGUGGGAAAGGCUUCAUCUGGAACUCAUAUCUUCAUGUUCAUCAGAGGAUCCAUACAGGAGAGAAGCCUUAUAAAUGUGACGUGUGUGGUAAGAGCUUCAGUCAGACGUCACAUCUUCAAGCCCAUCGGAGAGUCCAUACUGGAGAGAAACCGUACAAAUGUUACUCGUGUGGUAAGGGCUUUAGUAAGAGUUCAUGUCUUCAGGUUCAUCAGAGAGUCCAUAAUGGUGAUAAAUCCAAUGUGCAUGAUGAAUGUGGUCAAGGUGUCCUUCAAGACUUAGACUUCUCAUUUUCCUCAGAAAAUCCACAUGGCAGAGAAUAUUUAUAA